AUGGGAAGAAAGCUCCCAUUUCUUCCUACUUGUGGCAGCCCUGAUAAAACCCUCUCUUUCCGUGCCACCACCACCAUCACCGCCGCCGCCGGAGAUUUUGUAGACAUGGCUGCCACCGGAGAAACGGAUUCAUCUAUAGAGUGUGUGAUUCGAGGUUUAAGUAGCGACAGGUUCUUUUUCAAACCCGAGAAAACAAGCUCCAUCCUUGAAGAAGCAAAGCCAAACGAAAAAGAAAAAGAAAAAGUUUUACCAUUCAAAGAAAGUGUGUCAAUGAUGGAGAUGGAGUCAACUGACCCAUUUGUUGACUUCAAGAAGUCAAUGCAAGAAAUGGUGGAUGCUGAUGAAGGAUUAAAAGAAUGGGAGAAUCUUCAAGAGCUUUUGAGUUUGUAUCUAGCACUGAACGAAAAGAUCAACCAUGGUUACAUUAUUCGAGCUUUUGUUGACUUAAUGCUGGUCAAUCUUGGAGCUUCUUCGGCAUCGCCAUCUUCAUGUUCUUCAUCGUCAUCAAUGAACGUUCAGGAUCAAUCUUUAUUAAUGGAAUCUAGUGGGAAUAAUACCAAGAAGAUGAUUACAAGUAGCGAAUCCCCAGAAUCUGCUUUAUCAUUUACGUCAUCAUCAGCAUCUUCUUCUGGGACUUGUUCAAGUACCAGCCAUUGUUUGUCAUCUUGUUCAUUGGAAGAAGAAGAAGAAGAUGAUGAAGAUGAAAACAGUGCCCAGAAAGUGGAAGUUUCGGAUAAUGCUUCUUCUUCUUCUUCUUCAAAAGUAUGA